AUGAAAUGGUUUUCAAGAACUUUAUUAGAUGCUCAUGAUUCAAAUGAAGUAAAAAGAAUUACAGUUGCAAGAGGAGUUCCACCUAUUAAUCACUUGCUUUUUGCAGAUGAUUGUCUCAUUUUCACUCAUGCUAAUUUAACCAGUGUGAAUAAUCUUCUUAAAAUUUUGGAAGAUUUUAGUUCUCAAUUUGUUCAAGUCAUUAAUUUUGACAAAUCUUCAGUAUUCUAUAGCAAUAAUAUGGAUCCAUCUAUUUGCAAUACUCUCAGUCACAUUUUGGGAGCUCAACUUAUGAAGGAAAAUAAGAAAUAUUUAGGUUCACCUCUUCUGAUUGGAAGGUCCAAAGUCAAGUCCUUUAAAGAAAUUCAGUCUGCUUUUGAAAGAAGAUUGGGUAAUUGGCAAGGUAUUAACUUACAUCAAGCUGGCAGGACUACAAUGUUAAAAGCAGUUCUUAAUGCAAUACCUAAGUAUCAGAUGAGUACCUUUAAGAUGCCUAAAAAACUUCUCAAAAAACUAGAUACUAUACAAAGAAAGUUCUGGUGGGGGUAUAAGUCUAACAGAGGCUUAAAUUUAAUAGCAUGA